AUGCCGAAAUCGAAAUCUAGGGUUCAUGUGUCUUCAGACAUCCCGGAAGAUUUGAUGUUGGAAAUUUUAAGAUGGGUAACCGUCAAAUCCUUGAUGCGAUUUAAGUGUGUAAGUAAGGCUUGGCUAGCGAGUAUUCAAAAUCCAUUGUUCACCACAUCUUAUCAAGGCGGUUUCAAAGGUCUUCUCCUCACUAACUUUAUUGGCAUCAGAGACAAGAGAAUGGACUCCACCCAGCCUGUGAAUGGCCUAAUAUGUUUCUAUGACGGCAAUCGUUCGUGUAUCUACAAUAUUGCCACUAGAGAAACCAUGUCUCUUCCUGAUUCGACGUCUAAUUGUGCUAGAUGCGACUACCUUCUAGGGUUUGAUCCUUUCCACAAUGUGUAUAAGGUAUUCAAGGUGUGUCGAUCUCUGAAAAUCGAGAUUUUAACUGUAGGUGUCGAUUUAUCAUGGCGUAGUAUUGAUCCUGCGCCGUGGUAUUCAGAUUCCACUGUAUGUUACGCCAAUGGAUGUCUUUAUUGGUGCUGCUAUGAGAACGAGGGAGAAACUAGAGAACAUCUCCUUUGUUUUAAUCUUGUUCAAGAGAAGUUUCAGUUCAUUGAAAAGCCUCAUAAAAGUUAUGCAAAGUAUGGGUGGUUUCCUGGAUCAAACCCGAAUCUGAUGUCAUGUUCUUGGCCUCUAGAUGAAUAUGGAUACAGAAGUAGAAAGGUUAGAAAUUUGUGCGACUACAAUAAUGAUGCCUGGACAAAGCAUGAAAUUUUGAAUUACCCCUUAGGCAGAUUAUACCGACCUAUGAGUACACUCCCCAAUGGAAAGAUAGUCUUCAUUGAGCGAUCAACAUCGGGUUGGAAGUUUCCAAUGCCAUUUUAUACGUAUGAUCGAAACAAUAGGGAGUUCAAGAAGUGUUUGAUGUCAGACUGUCCUUCAUCAUCCUCCAUUGCAAGCCAACACAUUCUCGACUUGUAUCUCGAAGCCAUGUAUUAUGAGGAGAAUAUCACCCCCUUGAGUUGUUUAGGUUCUAGCCAUAUUGCGCCGAAGUAA